AUGGCGGAGGAGCAUGCGUGCUUGGUGCGCGCCCGCUCCGACUCUGAGGGGUCAAGUAAACUCGGCAGCUUUGGCUCUCUCGCGCGCACCAUGACGUACACCGAAGACAGACUUAGCACAGAAAAUGGAGCAGGCGAGCCGGAUAACACAGCACAUAUGACAACUAACCCGCCAGAAAAUAUGGCUGAUGCCAAUGAAAGCGGAGAGCUCUUAGACUAUAACGACUCGAGCGUACUGGAGCAGUUCCACGAGGAUGCGCUCAGACAGGCUGGAUGCGGUAUUUCCCAAGCACGGAUGUUAUUUACUGUAGCACUGGCCAUCACGGGCUCUUCAUUGGAACUGGCCUCCAUACCAUUCAUUCUGCCUUCCGCUGAGAUAGAGAUGUGUAUACUCCCACACGAGAAAAACUGGCUUGUGAUGAUAAGUCUCGUGGGCGGGUCACUCGGCUCUGUCGGGUGGGGAGUGCUGGCCGAGAGGCUCGGGAGAAGACGGACCUUGGUGUCGUGUCUGGCUGUAAAUGCGGUGUUCGCUGCCAUAGCAGCGUUCAUGCCCACUUAUGGGACGUUCAUGAUGGCUAGGUUCUGCUCGGCGAUAGGGUCGGGCGGCAUCGUGCCCACGGCGUACACGUACGUGGGCGAGCUGUGCGCGCGCGGCGUGCGGCGGCGCGCGCAGGUGGUGUGCGCGGCGGCCGCGGCGGCCGGCACGCUGCUGGCGGCCGCGCUGGCCGCCGCCGUGUUGCCCAUGACCGGGCCCGCCACGCUGCGGGAGAACAUGGAGCACUUCAGCGCCUGGCACCGGUAUCUGCUACUAUGUACUCUGCCGAUCCUCGCAUCAUUAGUCAGCUUUAUAUGGACAGAAGAAUCACCUCGGUAUCUACUGGAUGUGGGUCGCGAGGUGGACGCUAUGAUGCUGUAUCAGAGCAUACACCGCAGCAACCAGGCGCGCGGGUGCGGCGGGGCCGGGGCCGCGGGCGCGGGCGACGCGGCCUACCGCCUCAGCGAGCUGGCGCUGCCCGGCAAGCGCCGCCCGCCCGCCCUGCACCACGUGCGCCACAGCGUCAAGAUGUUCUGGCAGUCCUUCUUUCAACUAUUUUCGAGUACGUACAGAAGGACGACGCUGUCCCUGGGUGGUAUGCUACUGUUCAUGAUGGCAAUACAGUAUUAUCUAGCAUUGUACAUCCCAGCCACAGUGGUAUACAUGGACUCUUUAGAAUUCGACGCAUCCAAAAAGACCAUAUCCAACGAGACUUUUACUGAAGAAAUAUACAACAGCACGUUAGAGAACACGGAAUAUAACAAUGUUACAUUCAACAAGUGCACGUUCAGCAGUAUAUUGAUGUCGCACGUGACGUUUAGUAACUGCUCCUUCAACAACGUCUCUCUGUCGAACAUCAAGAGCUCCUUCACGUUCUUUAAGAGCGCUAUGUUUAUUAAUAGCACUAUAAUCGACACAGACAUGGAAGUUGGGCGUGAGUUUGACGAGUACUGCAUAUUCAACAACACCUUCAUCCGCGGCAUGGCGGGCGGCUGUGCUCGCCACGCCGAUCUCACGUCGCGCCUGGGGGGGCAGCUCGCCGAGAAGAGCUACGUGGCACACGCGGGCCUCCUCGCCUGCGUGCUCGCGCUCCUGCCCAGCUCCCUGCGACCCACGGCUCCCUGCGACCCACGGGUGAGUACCCUCCCCCCUGGGGGGCAGCUCGCCGAGAAGAGCUACGUGGCACACGCGGGCCUCCUCGCCUGCGUGCUCGCGCUCCUGCCCAGCUCCCUGCGACCCACGGGUGAGUACCCUCCCCCCUGGGGGGGCAGCUCGCCGAGAAGAGCUACGUGGCACACGCGGGCCUCCUCGCCUGCGUGCUCGCGCUCCUGCCCAGCUCCCUGCGACCCACGGGUGAGUACCCUCCCCCCUGGGGGGCAGCUCGCCGAGAAGAGCUACGUGGCACACGCGGGCCUCCUCGCCUGCGUGCUCGCGCUCCUGCCCAGCUCCCUGCGACCCACGGCUCCCUGCGACCCACGGGUGAGUACCCUCCCCCCUGGGGGGCAGCUCGCCGAGAAGAGCUACGUGGCACACGCGGGCCUCCUCGCCUGCGUGCUCGCGCUCCUGCCCAGCUCCCUGCGACCCACGGGUGAGUACCCCUCCCCCCUGGGGGGCAGCUCGCCGAGAAGAGCUACGUGGCACACGCGGGCCUCCUCGCCUGCGUGCUCGCGCUCCUGCCCAGCUCCCUGCGACCCACGGGUGAGUACCCUCCCCCCUGGGGGGCAGCUCGCCGAGAAGAGCUACGUGGCACACGCGGGCCUCCUCGCCUGCGUGCUCGCGCUCCUGCCCAGCUCCCUGCGACCCACGGCUCCCUGCGACCCACGGGUGAGUACCCUCCCCCCUGGGGGGCAGCUCGCCGAGAAGAGCUACGUGGCACACGCGGGCCUCCUCGCCUGCGUGCUCGCGCUCCUGCCCAGCUCCCUGCGACCCACGGUGGCAGUGUGCGCGGCAUGUUUCCUGAUAUCGCCGCUCAUCUACGUGGCGCAGAGCGAGACCACGCUGUACGUGUUGGAGGCGGUGUACCGCGUCUUUAUAACGCUAGUGAUGUACACCGUCGGCGUCAAUGUUGUCGACUCGUAUCCGGCUAAUUUGAGAUGCACAGCCCACGGCCUAAUCCUGUCAGUGACGUACAUGGUGGGGGCUAUAUCGUGGGGGGUGGGGGAGGGGGGACCCAUUAUAUCCGCAGUGCACUGCGCUGUGCUCGCUUUGGCCGCCACGUGUCUAGCAACUAAUAUACGCUAG